ACCUACAAGUGACUUGAUCACUGACUGAAAUGCACCGCCGACUGUUACCGGCUUGAGACGAAGGACAGCAGCCUCAAGUUUGCCUUCACACGCCCGGGAUAAUUAACACGUGUGACACACUUGAAGCACUUGAUGGUCGCAGCGGAAAGGAAGCUGCGAGUUUGUUUGAUCUCUGCCACCUGUGUGAUGAACUCCAAAUGACAUCUCCUCCAGGGUGUGUCACUCUCCCUGGUGAAGAAAUGCUGCUACUUUAGGGGUCUUUGGGGGGGUUGCCACAUUUGCAUCAUGAAAGGCUACACCCCCCACCGAACACGUCACCUCUCCGAAUGUGAUCCUACACACUCACCCUCUCGCAUCGACCCAAUGUAUCCACCCUCAGCUAGCUCCACCCUAUCGCGUCAACCCUACAUUGUCCCUUCUUCCACCAUGGAUCAUUAUGGAGCCUUGGAGCCCCAUCACUUCUCAAAUUCACCCAGCUCAGGCGGUCUUCCCCCAGACUGUCUGAUACCCCAGAGCAGCCAGCUGUCUACCAGCAGCACCUUCCCACGUAUCAAUUACAACUCACAUUUUGAGCAGGGAGAUUUCUCGCCUCCAGGUGGAGACAACAUCGGGGGUAUCAGCACAGGCACACUGGGUACUUCUAUGUCCAUUGGCAUGGGAAUGAACAUGGGCCUUGGAUCAGGGCGCACAGCAAUGAUCACCAGUGGAUCUGCUACUAUAUCAGGUGCAGGGAAGAUGAAUCGGUUACCAGCGAACCUCCUUGAUCAGUUUGAGAAGCAGUUGCCGGGGCAGCGGGAUGGCUUCAGCACUUUACAGUUUCAUCGCAGCACAGCCGUGGAAACAACUAAACAGCAGCAGCAGCGCACUGAUAGUCCAGGAAAGAUCCGCUACCUGGUCCACUCUGUGCAGAAACUCUUCGCCAAGUCACAGUCAUUAGAAAGCUCAGCUAUGAAGGCCAACAUGAAUGGGCGCUCAGGAAGCAGUGGCGAAGACAAAAACCACCGGCGCAGUAAAAGCAAAGACAGGGCCAAAAGUGAGGGCACAGCUAAACGGCGUCCACGCUCCAACAUGUCUGGCUACUGGAGCUCAGAUGACCUGGACAGUGACAUCAUUAACUACAGGAACCCUGUGGCAAUGAUGACUCUGGGUCGACAGAGCUCUGCAUCUGGGUCAGCACUGGAAAGUCAAGCGAAUUCAAAGUACUUAAUGCAAGGCUACAACACCAUUAACGAGCACACAUUGAAAGCCUCAAAGAGCAACAAUGACUUAAAGCACCAAGGACUUCUUGCUCUCCCAGGCCCCGGAGGAGGAGGAGGAGGAGGAGGGGGAGGAAGAGUGGCAGUUGUGGAAGGAAAUUAUGGGAAGGGUGGGUCCUGGUCCGCGCUCACACUUGGGCCAAGUAGGCAGUUGUGCCAGAAGGGAACCGCCACUCUGGACCGUUCACUUCUCAAAUCCAAGUCAUGCCAGCAGGAGCUGGCCUGCCACUAUCUCCAGGUGCGAGGCAGGAUGCCCUCUACAGGAGAGUGGAGCGGGACUCUUGGUCGAGGCGAGAUCCCAUGCAGGCGGAUGCGCAGUGGCAGCUACGUAAAGGCCAUGGGGGACCUGGAGGACAGCGAUGACUCAGACAGCAGCUUGAAACCCUCACCAAAGACUGCUGCGCGCAGACAGAGCUACCUACGUGCCACACAGCAGUCCCUCAGUGACCAGUUCCCCUCCAGAAAUUGUCUCCCGUCUUUGCGAGAAUUCUCUGGGAAUCGCAGUGUGGAUAAUUUGGACUGCAUCGGAGGUUCUGUAAGCUCAUCGUUCCCACGCUGGGAUGAUGAUGACUUCAGUCAGGGCUGCAGCACACUCGGACGCAACAGCUGCAUCAGCCAGAUGCGGGACUCAGAGCUGAACCAACGCUAUGGAGAAGACUCCUGUUCAGAAUCUGUGUUUGGAGACAUGCACACGCUCGCACGCUCUCACUCUCGGGCAGAGGACCCUGAUCUGCCCACCUGCUUCCGUUCCAGAAGCCAUAGUUACCUUCGCGCCAUUCAGGCUGGGUGUUCCCAAGAUGACGACACAGCAUCACUAGAUUCUGAUUCACCACCACCCACUGCAACAACUGUACGCACCUAUAGCACCAGCACUGUCUCAACAUGCAUAACGACGUGUAAGAAGAUAGCUCCGCCCCCUGUCCCGCCUCGCAAUUCCACCUCCAAGCCCUUUAUCUCAGUGACGGUGCAGAGCAGCACCGAAUCGGCGCAGGACAGUUACCUGGACAACCACGACCACAAGAGCCAGACCAACGGCAGCUCGUCAGACAGCAGCCUGACAAAAGGCUCACGGAGUCACACGACCGGGCUUGGACCUCGCGAGCCGCAGGUUCCAGCGGCUGUGGUACUUUCACCGGAGUCCUCUCGCGAGCUGCAGAAUGAGCAGGUGAAGGCAGGCGGAGCAGCAGACGAGCCCGUACCCCGUCGCAAACUUUCCUCUAUCGGAAUACAGGUGGACAGCAUUCAGGAAAUUCAGACCCGAGUCGAGACACCGCCACCGCCGCCGCCACUGGCCAGAUUCCAGUCGAUCGGAGUGCAGGUGGAGGACGGCUGGACACUUAGCCGCUCCAGUAGUAUGGCAUCUAAGCAGGAAACUGACUCAGACACACAAGAUCUCUCUCUCAACUCUGUCACCAGUGUCACAUCCAGCAACGCUUCCAGACCCACUGAGAAAAAAGUCAUGGUGAACAGCUCCAGCCAGUCCGCGGACUUCAACGCUCAAAUUUCUCUCGACAACGGCAGCCACGACGACGACAUUGUGACGACCAGCGGCCCUUCCCGCCAGCUCCUGACUAAUCGCUCGACAACACGAAGCAGCUCUUCCUCGUUUUCAGAGAGUUUAGACCCUGCCCUCGACCCCUCCUCCCUGCCACCGCCCGACCCCUGGUUGGAGAGUGGCAACGGGACUGGAAAUGGAGGCCCCACGCACACGUCGUCAGGUGGCAUGUCGGCAUGCCGGCGAGAUGGGCACUGGUUCCUAAAGCUGCUGCAGGCGGAGACCGCACGGAUGGAGGGAUGGUGCAAACAGAUGGAUGAGGAGACCAAAGAGCACCAGCUCUCAGAAGAGGUGCUUGGUAAGGUGCGCAGUGCAGUGGGAAGUGCUCAGCUCCUCAUGACGCAAAAGUUUCAGCAGUUCAGGGGGUUAUGUGAACAGAAUUUGAAUGUGAAUGCUAACCCGAGGCCCACAGCACAGGACUUGGCAGGAUUCUGGGACCUUUUGCAGCUCUCGAUAGAGGACAUUAGCCUCAAGUUUGAUGAGCUCUACCACCUCAAAUCCAAUGACUGGAAACUGGACCGAGAAUCCCCAGACAAACAGAAAAAUCAAAAGCAGGCUCCAGCUGUGCCAAAGAAGCCUGGAAAGAGCAAGGCAGUGCUGAACCGUGAGAAAAGCAAUGACACAGCAGAUAAACAGAGGCAGGAAGCUCGCAAGAGACUGAUGGCGGCCAAGAGAGCACAGUCGGUCAAACAGAACUCAGCCACUGAGAGCUCAGACAACAUCGAGAUCUACGUCCCCGAAGCUCAGACACGCCUCUAAGAUAGGUGAAAUGAGGGACCACAGGCCCACAGCUCGUACAUGUGGGGAGGGGAAAGAGAAGACAAGAGUCAGAAGACAUUAGAGCACUCCAUGGAUCUGCUCUGAUAUGAAAAGCGAAAUACACCUUAUGAUGGUGGCAGCCUAAAGUCAAGAAUGGGGAAGGUGGGAAUUGUGGACACCCCACAUGAAGAGCUUCUCUCUUCAGAGACUGCCAAGGAAAACCUCACAAAGACUUAUUGUUAUUAUUAUUAUUAUUAUUAUUAUUAUUACUGAUAAUUAUAUCACCUAAAGUCUAUAUCAGACUGUUUUAAAUGUUCUUAUAUCUUGGAUAAGAGAUUUAAUCUAUGUGGACUAAGGUAGCCACACUUGUUUUUUUAAUUAUUAUUUGUGUUGUUUUUUGUCUUUCACCAUCCUGCCAUUCAGUAGAAAAUCCUCCUCUAAAGUCUCCAUACCCACAUUUGCUUGGAGGAUGCCUUUCUUUCGUAUGCCCUUUUUAAAACAUUUGUCUUCCUUUUUACUAAUUUGGUCUAUUGAUUUCAGCCUCUAGUACAAGCUAUAGAAAGUAUUUCUUCAUGAUAAACAGUAACGGAUAAACAAAAAGGCUGUUAGAAUGAAAAAGAAUGCCGUUGAACCGUAGGACACACUCUUUAGUUCAUCCAGCUGUUUAUUUUCCUAACCGCUUGACUUUUCCUUCAUUUUAAGCUUUCAUACCAUUUCGGGUUCUUGCCUAAUGUUAAUGCACAUACAUUUUGAAGGAGGAAUGGGUACGAUCCUGUUCUUAAAUGGGGUUAAAGCAAUAGCUUAAAGGAAAAUCACAAUCAUAAAAAAUCAAACUAGAUCUAGGAAGGAUUGAUGGGUUUUGAAGAAAUGAUUGGGAGUUUGAAUAUCUUUAAAAACCAUAUAAUUAAACCAAGUAUAUAUUUGACUGAACUACACCAGAUAAAACACCAUUUAUUGGCUGUUUAUUUAUUUUUUUCACUUACGUUUCAGCAUUUUGCUAAUGAAGGUAAAAAGGUAAGACACAUUAUGUUAUGUACUAUUAAAUCUACAAACUCUUUGCCACCGUUCAGAAACGUAGCGCUCUAAUUAUAGCUCACAGGUACAGCCUGAUCACACAUCAUAACCACUGCCAGUUUUAGUAUCCUGAAAAAGUCAGUUUCGUUUUUGAUUGAUUUUUAUUUUUUAUUUUUUACUGUAAGAAAAUAUUUUAUCAUGACUGGGAAGCAAUUAAUGAGUUCACUCUAAAAUGUCGACUGUUUAAAUAAUCUUUUUUUCUUUAGACGUAUUUAGUCAUUUUAAAGCUGUUCAACACAAUACAUUUCAGUGUUCAAACAAUCGUAAGGUAGACUAUGGAGUGACAGCACCUCUCUGUGGAUAUUUGGGUCUUACUUCCUGUGAGUUUUCCUGACAAACUGAAGGCAUUUUAUUCUGCGUUCAUAUUCAACCUUUUUUUUUUUUUUACUUUGUGUACCUUGUUAUUAUUUAUCCUCCAUGAAGUUACCUGUCUGUUUAAAGAAAAAUCAUUAAAUUCUUUAAUUUUAUAUGCAUUUUUAGGUGUCAAUUGAAACUUUUUUUUUUUUUACUGGGUUACCUUAUGCGGACAGGAUUUUUAAAGAGGUGCUCUGAUUGUGAACUACAUUUGCACCUGACUGGCGUUAUAACAAAACUCAAACUGCAUUAUCUGUAUUUUUUUUUUAGUAUUGAUAAUUUAUCCAUGCUGCUUUACAGACAGGUAAUCAUGUUUCUUUAGUUAUUAGUCAAGCACUGUCAGGCUUAAAGCAUGCUGACAUUCCUAAGGGGUAACAUGAGUUCAUUUGGGUCAUGGGCAACAGGAAGCUGAUAACACUUUUGUAACAAAAUGGCUCCAGGCUUUACAACUCAUGCUUAAUGCUUUUUUUAAAAAUGAAUUUUAAAGACUUGAAUGAAAAUGUAAAAUCCGCACAUGCUCAGGACAGAUAUGAAUCCUGAUUAACAAGGAAUUCUUUUAUCUGCCUCCCUCCAUUUAAAAAGUGACAUAUGUGCAUUUAAAAAAGGAAAGACCCAUCCAUUGGCCCACCUGCUUUCUUUAAACAGACCCACACACACAAACACUCUGUGCGAUGAAAUGGUUGAGUGAUUGGCUCCCUUUGUCUGCAGUGCUGUGUGUUAGCCAGGCCAGUGAUGGCUCCCUUUGCUGUUUGCAGUAAUGGUGUGAAUGGGAUCUCCUCUCUUUCCACUCCUGCUCCCCAUUUGGCCUGGGGGUGAGUCGUUAACGCCUGCGGCUUUGUGUGCUGAUGGCCUACGGCUUAUCCCUCCGCAGGGUUUAAAGGCAUGUCUGACAAAUCCGUGCAGAACUACUUCAGCAGCCCCAUUUCUAAAUCAGGUGAAGUGGGGUUUCAAGUCAGUCAAUGAAGUAUGCUUAUUCAGGGUGUGAGAUUCACUAAAUAGAGUGCUCUCUGCAGGUUAGAACAAAUCAUGUUGGAAAUGAAUCAUCUGUAGUGCACAUUGCUUCUCUGGUGUCUCAUUAUUUAUUACACGAUAGCAACAGCAGCUGGUUAGAUUGUAAUUUUCCAAAACGGAUUCUAGAGGAAAGGCCUAAAAUUGUUAGAACACUACAGGGCAUAAAGUGCAAACAUGAGUCACUGCCAGCAUAUAGGAUUGUCGGCUGUGUCUGAGACUGUAACUUGAAUUAUGAUCAUUUUUACACAGUUUGGGUAAAGGUACGUACGAAAUGGAUAAGUAAAUUGUAGAUAUUGGAAAAUUUUGAGAGUUUAUUUUUGAUCCAGGAAAUGAUGAAGCAAAUUGAAUCACGUUUUCAAGGCUCUGUGUCUGUUACGCUAAAGCUGGGAAAUGAAAGACAAUGUAAACAUAAGUCGAGUGUUUUUUCAACCAUAGACAGCUGGUACAGUACAUGGUGAAAUGAAACAAGACUGCUAGAUGAACAGUUUCUUCUAAAAACCACUGAAGCGCUAGGAUUUUCCUGUUAAUGCUGGAUCUUACAGAUCCACAUUCCUCUCACUUUCAAUCAGUUUGUAUAACAUCUUUGUGCUUAUUGAAUUUCUUUUAGGACUCUGUUCAUUUAAUGUAUUUAUGUUUUUAGCUUUGCAAAAAAAAAAUUCUGAAAAUUCUUUCUUACAUGAAGUAGAAAUGUUUUUAGAUCUUCCAUCUGUUCCUUGUUUUUAUUCACUCUGGUCUAAUUGUAUUUUACUUUGCGAGUCUGUUUUCUUGAUCAUACUGUAUACAGUAUGCGGGCUUCCCUUAGGACCACGGUGGACCGAUUACACUCUGUGUCUGCUUUGACGCCGAGUGGGUUCAGGAGCUGGGAAUCCAUUUCAUCUGUUGGACAGCAGAAAAAGCCCCAUGUGUGGAACGGUGCGGACAGUAUUUUGUAGACAACUUUGAAUUGAGAGACACUCUGAAGGGACAUUCGGUUUCUGCCCUGCUCGCGCUGCUUAGGUUCUAAACUUUUUAAUAUACCUCUUAUGUAACUGACAUGCAGCACAAUUUUGGUAGGUUACAGCCAAACUGGGUUAAGGGAAGCCCAAAUGGUGACCCUGUACUGACCCUGCACCCUGCACUCAGCCGUAAGUGUACACUUCUACCUGGUUUUCAUCAACCUGACCUGCAAAAAAAGAGCUAGGCUUGCUCUCAAUACUUUGUUUCUCUGGCUAUGGUUCACUUUUAAAUCCGAUUGGUUAUAAUCCAGGGGCUAUAUGAGGGAAAAGAACUUAACAUUCAAUGCAAGCAUCUGUAGCAAAAAAAAAAAAAUGACAUAAUUGUUAUAAUAAUUGAUAUUUUAUGAGACAAGCACAUAUUUUACUGACUAGGAUUUGUUAGAAAUAUCUAAUGCUAUAUAAAUUUUAGGCUGUGUAUGUCAGGGUCUUUUGUUUUAGUAAGAAAUACAAUAAAAUGGACUUAAGUUAA